CAUUCGCCACUCUACUCGUCCUUUCUUACUGCCCAUUUUUCUCUGCUGUAUGUAUCAAUGUAUGUAUUAGGGGUACCACCCAUCCCUACGCCCUUCUACCCACCCACGCGGCCAUCCCCUUACUAACAUCUUCACUCUUCCCUUGCUAUUUAGCAAUAUAAAUCUUUGAAGCUUUUUAACAUAAACCAAAAUCUCUUUCCUCAUUCAUCUGCCACGAGAUGGUGGGUCUCAGUGUAGUACUCGAAGGUUAUAGUAAUAGAGAUAAUAUUAGUACCCAAAAAAGCACUAAUAUCGCAGCAAGUACUACUACUGGUUCGAGUUGGCAGAUUGUUAACAAAGCUAGUAUGGUGAUGAAACCAACUUCUCCAACAACCCCUUCUUCUCCUUUUUCCCGGCGAAAAUAUCCGGUUGCUGUUGGGUUUCUUGAUUCUUGUUUCCUUUGUAAGAAGAAACUCUUACCUGGCAAAGACAUCUACAUGUACAAGGGAGAAUGGGGAUUUUGUAGCGUGGAGUGCAGGUGCAGGCAGAUUUUUAUGGAUGAAGAAGAGAGUGUUCCAAAGACAAAGAAAAGGGAUAAUAAUAAAUCGUGUACUUCUUCAUCGUCAUCUUCUUCUUCACGGAGUAGGAAAACGGCAUCAAGAAACAGACCAAGUGGGUUUGCAUACUGAGAAAGGAGUUCAGUUGGAGGAAAAUUUUGCUGCUUUCCAGUUUUGUCCUCGUCACACUUUGUAAUGACUAUGGUGUCCCUUCUUCUUCUUCUUCUUUGUUUUUUUUGGGGGAUGAAAAUCAAAAUUUGUAGUACGAAAAUUUGAAAGCCAACAAAACUGCUGCCAG